GGGAGGGCGAGGGCGACUCGUGCUUACGUUUCGCGGAUUUUUUUAAAAAAAGUUUCUAAAUUUAUACGUACCCAUCCCAUAUUUAGUUUAGCUAAAAUCUACCUACCUAGUAGAAAUGAGGAUCCCCAAAGCACUAAAUCCACGAAUCCAAAAUAGAUUACUAAAACGGUUUGGAGUAUAUGAUUUGGUUUUUCCUGGUGAUACGACACCUAGCAGAAAAGUCCCAGAGCAUAUUGUGCCUCCUGACUAUAUUUCUGGAAAAUUGCUAAUACUGCCAAGGAAACCAGAAAUCAAAGAUAACCAGCAAAUAGCCAGCAUGCAAAAAAGCUGUCAAUUAGCAAAUGCUAUUCUAAAUAAAGUGCAAAGUUUUAUUAUGCCUGGAAUCACAACUGAUCAAAUAGAUGAAUUAGUGCACAACAUGACAGUAGAAGCAGAUGCUUAUCCAUCUCCGUUGCACUACAAAGGCUUUCCAAAAAGUGUUUGCACAUCAGUGAAUAAUGUUGUAGUACAUGGUAUACCUGACCUGAGGCCAUUACUAGAUGGGGACAUAGUUAAUGUGGAUAUUACAGUUUUCAUCAAGGGUUUCCAUGGAGAUUGUUCCAAAACCUUUACUGUAGGUAAAGUUGACGAUAGAGGCUUACAACUUAUACAAGUUACAGAAGAAUGCCUUGAAAUUGCUACAAGAUCCUGUGGUCCUGAUGUACCAUUUAAUGAAAUAGGCAAAAAGAUAUAUCAUCAUGCAAAAAGAAAUGGUCUCACAGUCUUGCCUGCUUUUGUGGGACACGGCAUAGGUGAAUACUUUCAUGGACCUCCUGAAAUAUAUCAUACAAAAAAUCGGUAUCCUGGUGUGAUGAAGCCUGGCAUGACGUUCACAAUAGAACCUGCCUUGUCUCAUGGUUCAGCACAAACGGUUUUAUUAGAGGAUGGCUGGACUGUCAUCACAGAAGAUGGGGCUCGAGCAGCACAAAGAGAAAAUACAAUACUAAUAACCAAAGAUGGAGCUGAAAUCCUUACCAAAUAAUCUGUGAUAUUUUAUAUUUAUUAUUUGAAAUAAAACAAUAUACUUAG